GUAUUCGAACCACCAUCAUCUCCCGCGUCUGCUAUGGCCCAGCAUGCUCCCACUCCCGGAAGUCCUUUCCCCCGCGUACGAUCACCCUCUCUGCAGCAGUCAGGGUCCCCAGCCAUGCCUAUUCCCAGAAUCUCGCAUGACCUUGAACCCGAGCAAGACGUGAACGAGGCUGGAGGAUGGUCUCCCGGAUCCGACUACAGCCUUUCUUCCGAUAGUCAGUCCAGCGAUUCGUCUUCUAACGCUUCCGAGUUUUCAUCCCCACCGACACUUGCAGCUCCUCAAGGCAAACACGUGAAAAAGCUUGUUGAAUCUGCUGAAGAUGAUAUCAAAUACGGCGUACUCAUGCAAGAGUCAGAAGAGAGGAUUGCAGAACGCAAGCAGUAUGCAGAAAGGAUGCGUUCAAUCGCACUGGCUCGAAAAGCGACCGUGAAACAGCUGCGGGAUGAAAUGGAGACGUUUCAAGAAUCAACGGACCGUCGAAUCAACAGCAUGGAAUGGAAGCUCAAGACCUUCGAGAACAAAAUGGGUCAAGACGUUCAAGACGUUCGUGGAAGACUGCAAAACGUCGGACAGCAAGUGCAAGACGUUGGCACACAAGUUGCGGAAGUUCGCGCUGAAACGGGUUCCCGUAUUGAAAAAUUGGAACGUGCGAUUACUGAGAAGAAUGCCGAAAAUUAUGAGGAUAUAAUACGUCGACGGACUGCCGACCUAGGCCGUCAAGCGUUUUACAAGGGCAUGGUCCAUUUUCUGGACGCUUACAAUCACGGCACCACGACUAGCGGGAACCGAGCCCAAGGCACUGCACCCAACGUACCUUACGGUCAAGUGCCAAUUCCAGGACUUACUACGCCUGUGCCAUCUGGAACCUUCACUUUCCAAGCGCCUAGUCAGCAAGCGCCGGUCCCUGGAUAUCAAACGUAUCAACAGCAGGCUCCGGUGCAAGCUUACCAAGUUCCUAGCGGUGCUACGUACAUUCAGCCGCCACCUUCACCAUUCGGUCCAAUAUUCGCAACAUUAGAUCAGCCACCCGUAUUGUUCAGACAGUCAUCUGCACCAUACAAUCAGCCACCUCCCGCGCCACAACAGGCAGAGAUCGCUCCUCAAGUUCCUCCCCGCCCCCCGAACCCUUUCGUGUCCGAACGCGAUGGCAAAGUUGAUUGGGCCACGUUCUGGAGGAAGAUUGCCGAUGGACAUACCGUUGAAAUCUCAUACAGGUCCCCAGCGAGCGGAGAAAUGAUGACUAGGCAGCACAAGACGAUUACCUGGGAUACCAUCCAGCGCUGGAAGAACACCAUGCCGAUGUAUAUCGGCGAUCUUCGUAGGCAAGCAGACGAGAUACUCGACCAGUACCCUUUGCAAGAGGAGCCGUCAACGCCAAGGAGCCUGCGUCAGGCUGUCACCUCAGGUCUUCAGAUGUUGAGACGUCAGGAGUCCGAAUCUACGAGCCCGAGGUCGGCAUCUACUCCUUUCGAAAACAUCGAAGCGCAAGGUACGGCAGGGUCGUCUCAGCUGGGUUCUUCAACUUCCCCAGGCACACCAGGCUCUCCAGCUUCGCUGAUGUCAACUUCGCCUGUUGCGGCUGGUCAAGAGACGCAAGAUCAAUAUACUGCGAAGAUCAAGCAGGUGGAAGCGAGGGAUUUACUCGUGAGGGCUACCGACGCAAUCCGCGCAUAUCAAAUUCUGAAGGAUUACGACUUAUUCCAACACAUCAUUGUGGAGAGUUGGCGUUUGAGGGAUUUAUGGUCUGAAGCGGCUCAUCCUUCGUACGUCAGGAUGGAUCCCCCCAUGCCGGCACGUUGGCUGAAGGCUCUGGAUAAUACAACGACUUUGAAGCGUUACUUUCCACCACACGAAGCAGACUUGAUUUCCGUCAAAUUGGUGCAACUGCACGGGGUUCUUACGAGAGAUUUUUCCUCUUGUGACGUAUACGGGAACCCCAUUCAGAAGAGACGGAGAACGGAUAAAGGGAAGAGUGGGGGCAGAGGCAGGGGGAGUGGCAGUGGCAGUGGGAAGGGGGGGAGAGGGAAAGGGAAAGGGAAAGGGAAAAUGAAAGUGAAAGAUACGGACACGCUGCAGCCAGCAGCGGGCAGCAGCCGUGGAAACUGAGAUGACCAGAAGUGAAGGUCGGACAUUCCGUGUUGGACAAUCGUUAUGCUAUCAUGUUUCUCGUGCAGUUAUGUAUUCGCCGUACCCUUGUAAAUAAUAUUCGCGCGAAUGAAAUGUAUUUUUGAACCGGU